GGGCUUACAAAUUAUCAACUUAGAAAUCAACAAUGCCCUUGAAGAGAGUAUAUAAACACCAUCAUAUCUUGAUCUUUAUUGCACCAUCUUCAGCUUCAAGCACAGCCUUCUCAAAGCAAUUCCUCGCCUCAGCUCUGCACUACUACGACCAAUAACAAGACUACUGUCAUCAAAAUGUCCAUCCCAUCUCUCCCCGCCCGACUCAACCCCCCUCUCACUGGCCGCGAAGCCAUCACCGAUGCCCUCUCCCGCUUCCUCAUUGCACUGGACACGGCGGACGAAACCCUCUUUACCUCGUCCCUCACUCCCACCGCGUCGUUGACUAUCAACGGCGACACCACCUCGGGCAUUUCAGAUAUCCUCGCCCUGCGCUUCUCGCUAAUCGGAAAGCACGACACCACGCACCACGCGACGAAUCUGCGCAUCAACAUCAGCGAAGAUGGCAAAACCGCGCAGGCAACUGCGACUAUGUUGAGCCAGCAUUAUCGACCUGGAGAAGGGAUGGCGGGGCCCGGGAAGGAAUCGAUAUUGCUGGGGAACGUGAUUGGGGUUGAGUUUGUGAGGGAUGAGGAAGUUGGUCAAGGGGAGUUUUGGCGAAUCCAGAAAUUUGUACUCAAGUCAAAUUGGGCAGAGGGGGCUUGGAGUGUUCUUAGCGGUUAGAUUCGGCCAGGAUAUGAGCAUACUCAAUGUACUGUCCGUGCUCCAGCUUAGAUCCAACCGGGCUGCAGAUCGUGUGAUGUAAUAAAAGCACAUGUUAGACUGUCUUAGAUGUUCGGCCGUUCAUGCAUGCAUUUCGAUACUAU